AUGGCGGAAGCACUUCUCAAUCAAGCCCAUGGCUAUGGCAUCAUCAUUGGCCUUUCGAUCUUGUUCUGCCUUAUCAUUCUGGCCGCUGUCCGAGUACAGAAGCGAUACCUCUCGGAGGACUCUGAACAAAGUGAGAUGUUCAUGGUGGCAAAUCGAAGCGUCGGGACUGGCUUGACUGCUAGUGCCGUGUUCAGUUCCUGGAUGUGGAUCAACGAGAGCGUCAUCUGCGCUGCAUAUACCUACAAAUGGGGUAUCGCAUUACCCGUCUGGUGGGCUAGUGGUCUCUCAUUCCAGAUUGCUCUCAUGGCUCUCCUUGGUAUCGUUGCAAAGCUGAGAGUACCGUACGCACAUACUUCACUCGAAUUUAUGCGAAUGAGGUAUGGCAAAUACGCCCAUUGGAUCUUCAUCCUCCUGAACUUGAUCAACAACGUUUUCGGCUGUGGAAGCAUGAUUCUGGCCGGAGCCCAAUUAGUCACUGGUAUAACAGGCGUACAUGUUGUUGCUGCUUGUAUCUUAAUUCCUGCUGGAGUCGUCAUCUAUACAGCCGUGGGUGGUCUCAAGGCUACCUUCAUCACGGAUUACCUGCAUACUGCUAUCGCCUUGAUCCUUCUCAUCUACUUCUCCCUCUCCGUCCUUACCCACGAGGAGAUUGGGGGUAUUUCUGGCUUGUAUUCGAAAGUCAAAGCAGCAGAUGACUAUAUUGAGGGAAACUACAUGGGAUCUUUACUGACUAUGAAGUCGAAGAAGGCUGUACUCUUCGGCCUGGUACUCAAAUUUGGUAAUCUAGCACUCGUACUGAUGGACACUGCAUUUUGGCAGAAGAGCUUUGCGAGUGAGGUGAAAUCUGUUGUGCCUGCGUAUGAUCUGGUGUCUGUGGUCAUUUUGGCCGUCCCCUGGUGCACAGGCACUAUCAUCGGACUCAGCGCCCGAGCGAUUGAGAAGACACCAAUCUGGUACGAUUAUCCAAACCUGUUGACCGAGACGCAAGUCAACUCUGGACUGGUCAUGCCUUAUGUCCUUCGCUCUUUACUCGGUCAAGGUGCAACAACCGGACUGCUGGUUUUGAUCUUCAUGGCCGUCACCUCUACAGUUUCGUCAUCCGUGAUUGCGGUUUCAAGUAUUAUUUCACUUGACUUCUACCGUGCUUACAUCAACCCAAAAGCCUCUGAUCGUAAGAUCUUGAAGGUCAGCCACCUCGGCGUGGUAGGUCAUGGCAUGUUUAUGUCAGGAAUAGCCGUGGCCUUCCAGUACGGCGGAGCAACAAACAACUGGACUACCUAUUUCAGACCUAUUGUUGCCUGCCCCGGAAUCUUCCCUCUCAUACUUACUCUGUUCUGGUCUGGGCAGACCAAGGCAGCUGCUAUCUUGUCACCUAUACUGGGAUUGAUCUGCGGCGUAGCCACCUGGCUGAGUCUUUCCUAUGUCUGGGGUGGACAUAUCGAUAUCCAAACGACUCAGCAGCAACUACCCGGCCUUUACGGAGCGAUCGUCUCUUUCUUCUCUCCAGCUCUAUUCUCGGUCGUCAUUUCACUUGUACGACCAAGUAAAUUUGACUGGAGAGAGUUUCUCAGGAUUGAUCUUAUCGAGGACAGCAGCCAGCCCAGCACUUCUCUACCAUCACCUCAUGACAGCAAAGAGGACAUCAGCAAAACCGUUCGACCCGCUCCCACGACUGUUGAUGAGAAGCAUACGACAGCUGUCGAUGCAGAAGCAAAGACCGGUCUCGUCAGCCCUGCGACUUCCAUCUCCGCAGCUACCGGAAGUUUGGAUGAUGUCGUGCAUCCCUUCAGCGAUCAAACCAUUCGCCACAUCAAGAAAUGGAGGAACUAUGCUGCUGGCUACUUUGUGCUCAACCUCUUGGUAACGGUCGUACUUUGGCCAGUACCGAUGUACCGCGACUGGAUUUUCACAUUAUCCUUCUUCAAGGGCUGGGUGACAGUUUCUAUCAUUUGGCACUUUGCUGCCAUGAUGGCGGUGAUCGUCUACCCGAUCUGGGAUGGAAGAUUUGUUAUUAGCACAGUAUUGAAGGGAGUAAGCAAGGAAUGGAGCAGUAAGAAGUAG